UGUCCUCUCUCUCUCUCUCUUUCUUUCUCGUAAAAAAUUCCCGUAUAAUUACACUCAAACACCCAACACAGAAACGUUGCUUUCUCUCUACUUCAAAUGGCUGAGAAGUAAUCUCUUGCACACAGAGAAAAAGCAUAACAUAAGCAAACCACAAACCAAGCUACACUUCCAUUUAAACUCCUCUACUCCUCCUCCCCAUCCCUCUCCUUUUAGACCAUCAAAUUCUCUCAAACUUUUGAAGAAUUUUCCAACUGGUUUCAAUGGAACCCAGAUCCAGCACAAUUGGACCCUCACUGGACCCAAACGCCCUCGAUUCUUUCCAAUUCAACGAAGAGAUUCAACAGUUGAUGACCAUACCACAAGAAAAUGCAAGCUCCUUCACUGCACUCCUCGAGCUGCCGGCCCCACAAGCCAUGGAACUCCUCCACCACUCUCCUGAAUCCAACGACUCUGCUGCACCUGCGCCUGCUCACUCAAACAGCCACACAGUAACCGUCGAUGCUCACCACACACCCUAUCAUUUUCCCGUUGGGGCAAACUUGACUUUUCCAUCUAACAUAGCCUUGAUUGAACGCGCCGCGAGAUUCUCGGUGUUUGCAGAGAACAUUAAUAAUACUACUACUGAUAAAAAUAAUCAUAAUAACAACAAUCACUCGCCGGCAACUACGGAGUCGUUGCCGUCAAAUUCAAGCGGGAAUCUCGGGAAAGUAAAGAACGAACCGGCAGAAUCAGACUCCAACAAGCCCAAUUCACCACCUCCGGCGGAGAAUAAGAGGUCGGUGAAGAGAAAAGAGCGCGAGAAGAAGGUCAAAGUAACGACAAAGAAGAGCAAAAGCGGUGCAAACGAAAGCAGCGAAGAUGCGGAGAAACUUCCAUACGUUCACGUUCGAGCUCGUCGUGGUCAAGCCACAGAUAGCCAUAGCUUAGCCGAGAGAGCGAGGAGAGAGAAGAUUAAUGCACGAAUGAAGCUACUACAAGAGCUGGUCCCAGGAUGCAAUAAGAUUUCUGGUACAGCUUUAGUUUUAGAUGAGAUCAUCAAUCAUGUGCAGUCGCUACAGCGUCAAGUGGAGUUCUUAUCAAUGAGACUUGCAGCAGUGAAUCCGAGAAUUGAUGUCAACCUUGACAGUACAUUGGCUGUAGAAAGUGGAUCCCUAAUGGACAGUAACCUUUCCAACAUGGUUAUGCCUCUAAUGUGGCCUGAGGUUCAAGUCAAUGCAAGCAGACAACAAUAUCAACAGCAAUGGCAUUUGGAUGCACAUCAUCAGCCUGUUUGGGGAAGAGAAGAAGAAAGCCACAACUUUGUUACUCCAGAAAACUCACUUUUGAGCUAUGACUCCUCCGCAAAUUCAGCAACACUGCACUCAAAUCAAUUGAAAAUGGAGCUAUGAAGACGAAAGAAGUUCCACCGGUAGCUAGUAUUGUAUAUAUAAAUCAUAAUAUUAGCAGUUAGCAGGAAGUAGAGGGGAGGCCUCAACAUUUAUCUUGGGUUUCCGUGUCUUCUAUUUAACAGAGUCAGAUGGAAACCCAGAUUUCUCUGGACUGGAGAUGAUAAACUUUCAGGAUGUUAUUCUUAUUUCUAUAUAUGAAUAUAUUAUAUAUCUUAGUUUAUA